AUGGCAUCUACUUCAGCUUCAUCAGUUCAAAAGAGCUUCAAGUAUGAUGUAUUUUUGAGCUUCCGGGGUGAAGAUACUCGUAAGACCUUUGUUGAUCAUCUCUAUCAUGCUCUUAACCAAAGAGGCAUUAUAACUUACAAAGAUGAUGAGAAAAUCGAGAAAGGGAAAAGGAUCAAUGAUCAGCUCAUGAGAUCCAUUGAAGACUCGAGAAUUUACAUCAUUGUAUUCUCCAAGAACUACGCAUCGUCGUCGUGGUGCUUAGACGAGCUCGUAAAGAUUAUCGAGUGCCACAAGACGGAUGGGCGGACUGCUUACCCUGUUUUCUUUAAUGUGGAACCCACCGAAGUCCGCCACCAAAGUGGGGCAGUCAAAGAAGCCUUUGCCAAGCAUGAAAAGAAAGAGGCUGCUGGAAUAUGGAGAAAUGCUAUGAAAGAAGCAGCUGAUCUGUCUGGGAGAGAGUUAAAAACUACAUUUGAUGGGCAUGAAGCCAAAUUUAUUCAAAAAAUUGUUGAAGACAUUUCGCUAGAGCUACGUUUCAUUGAUACAAGUGUUGAUGAAAAAUUAAUAGGCAUGGAGACCCGUGUAAAGCAUGUAGUUUCAUCCUUAGAAAAUGGUUCUGAUGAUGUUCGGAUGAUAGGGAUCAAGGGGAUUGGAGGUGGUGGAAAGACAACUUUGGCUAGAGCUGUUUUUGAUCACAUCUCCAUUUGGUUUGAAGGUAAAAGCUUUGUAGAGAAUGUUAGAGAAGCUUCAAAAGGCUCUGGUUUGAAGAAAUUGCAAAAACAGGUCCUUAAAGAUGUGUUAAAUGAUGGAGGGAUUGAUGUAACAAGCGUUUCUGAAGGAAAAAAUAUGAUGAAAAAAAUGAUGGGUAGUAGAAAGAUACUUGUUGUUCUGGAUGAUGUGGAUGAUAUCGAGCAGCUUGAGGCGUUAGCAGGUGAUCGUACUUGGUUUAAGGCUGGAAGUACUAUCAUCAUCACAACAAGGGACAGGCAUGUGUUGAUAGCCCACCGAGUGAAGUCUAUUCAUGAUGUCAAUCUGUUAUCACAUGAAGAAGGAAUUCGCCUCUUUCGUAAGUAUGCAUUUGGCAAAGAGAGUCCAAUUGAAGGGUAUAAAGAGCUAUCAGAAAAAGUUGUACAUUAUGCUGGUGGUCUUCCCUUAACAAUAAAAGUGUUGGGUUCAUCUCUUUGUGGUAAAACUGAAUGUGAAUGGGAUGAUGCCAUAAAAAGACUAAAAACAAUUCCUGAAGAGCUAACUUUGAAAAGAUUGGAAAUAAGCUAUACUGGACUAGAGAAUGAUCACAAAGAAAUAUUCCUAGAAAUUGCAUGCAUAUUGAAAGGAAAUUUAAAAGACCAUGCAAUCAGAGUACUUGAAAGCUGUGGAUUCCAUGCUCGUAUUGCUUUAAAAGUUCUAGAACAGAAAUCAUUGAUUACUGUUUCAGAUAAAGGCUAUUUAGGUAUGCAUGAUCGUAUUGAAGAAAUGGGCAUGAAUAUCGUUCGCCGUUUGCAUCCUGAUGAGCCUGGCAAACAUAGUCGAUUAUGGAUUAAAGAGGAAAUAGAAGAUGUAUUGGUUGAUGAGUUGGGUACUGAAGCAACUAGAAGUGUAAUGCUAGAUGAUUCAUCUCUUGAUAUAGCUACAACUAUGAAAGGGUUUAGAAAGAUGAAGGGACUUAGAUUCCUUCACGUGGGUGGUACAGCUUUCUCAUCAUUGGAAACUGGUCAGAUUGAUCAAUACUUACCAAACACCUUACGAAGUCUAUAUUGGAGUGGAUACCCUUUUGAGUGUUUACCUAAAACAUUUCAAGCAAACAUGCUUGUUUACCUUCAAAUGCAGUCCAGCAAUAUCUCUCAAUUAUGGGGAGGGGGAGAAAGGAAGGUUCUUAAUAAACUAAGAUUUCUUCACCUCAGUUGUUCAGAUUUGAUAAGCUUUGACCUUGAGAUGACUCCAAAUCUUGAAACACUACAUCUUGAAGAAUGUGAGGCCUUUGUAGAACUCAACAUGCUUAAAGGAUGUCCAUAUCUCGAGACGUUAAAUCUGAAUCACUGUUAUAACUUUGCACAACUCCACAUGCCUGUUGAAUGUCCAAAGCUAAAAUUCAUCGACCUACGUUCUUCUAUGGUGAGUAACCUUAACCUUGUGAUGACUCCAAGUCUGGAAAAGUUAGAUCUUUCAAAUUGUUCAGACUUGGUAGAACUCCACAUGCCUUCUGAAUACCAAAAUCUCGAGACUUUAGAUCUUGGUGGUUGUACAAACUUUGUUGAAUUACACAUGCCUUUUGAAUUCCCAAAGCUAAAAUUCCUCACUCUAUGUUCUUCUAAGGUGAAUAAGUUUAACCUUGUGCUGACUCCAAAUCUCGAGACUUUAGAUCUUGGUGGUUGUGAAUACUUUGUUGAAUUACACAUGCCUUUUGAAUGUCCAAAGCUAAAAUCCCUCAAGCUCAGCAAUUCUAAGGUGAGUAACCUUAACCUUGUGCUGACUCCAAAUCUCGAGACUUUAGAUCUUGGUGGUUGUGAAAACUUUGUUGAAUUACACAUACCUUUUGAAUGUCAAAAGCUAAAAUCCCUCAAGCUCAGCAAUUCUAAGCUAAAAUCGCUCAAGCUCAGCAAUUCUAAGGCGAGUAACCUUAACCUUGUGCUGACUCCAAAUCUCGAGACUUUAGAUCUUGCUGACUAUCAAAACUUUGUUGAAUUCCACAUGCCUUAUGCAUGUCCAAAGCUCAAAUUCCUCAACUUGUCUGGUUUAGAGUUAAGUAACUUCAACCUUGGGCUGACUCCAAAUAUUUCGAAAUUAGAUCUUAGUAGAUGUUAUAACUUGGUAGAACUCCACAUGCUCGUUGAAUUUCCACAUCUCAAAUAUCUCAACCUCAGUGCUUCUAAGGUGAGUAACCUUAACCUUGGGUUGACUCCACAACUCGAACAGUUAAUUCUUCAAGACUGUUAUUAUCUUCAAGAAAUUCUUGCUCCAAUGGGAUGUUUAAACAAUCUUUACCACUUAAAUUUAAAUGGUUGUAAUAGCUUAGAAUCUUUUUUUUAUUACAAACUGUAUACUUAUUUUCCUCCUCAUCAAUUGGUUAAGUUACAACUGAUUGUAGAGUCCACAGAUAUAUGUCCAUUGCAUCCCAACAAUAAUUUGCCAAAGUUUCAUGUUAAAUGUCGAUAUGAUGAGCCUCGACACUUAUCUUCUGAUUGUAGUGGAAAUGUUGAGAAGCUCAUUUCUUUUGGUUUAUGUGCUUGCACAUUCCUUGAGUCUUUUUCAGCAACUAUUUGUGGUCUACAAGGUUUAGGAGAGCUUACCCUUAUAGGCAGUAUUCCAGAGGCGCCCAAGGAUCUGUGGCAGUUAGAAGGGCCAGAGAAGCUAACUUUGUGCAUGAAAGAGAUUAAGCAUCUUCCAGAUAACAUUUUUACCAAAGGAUCUUGGCAGAUUAGAGAGUUUAGAGGUUUAGACCUAACAGAUUGUAUGUCCUUACAAGAUAUUCCAGAUAACAUUUGUAUGUUGAAGCAUCUGAAAUCUCUUAAUCUUGAAUCUUGUUGGCGUCUGAAGCAGUUCCCAAAGGAUCUGAGUCAGUUAGAAGUGCUAGAGAAGUUAACUUUGUGCAUGAAAGAGAUUAAACAUCUUCCAGAUAACAUUUGUAUGUUGAAGCAUCUGAAAUAUCUUAAUCUUAAAUCUUGUUCGCUUCUGGAGCAGUUACCAAAGGAUCUUGGCAGAUUAGAGAGUUUAGAGGACUUAGAUCUAACACAGUGUAUGUCCUUACAAGAUAUUCCAGAUAACAUUUGUAUGUUGAAGCAUCUAAAAUAUCUUAAUCUUAAAUCUUGUUGGCUUCUGGAGCAGUUACCAAAGGAUCUUGGCAGAUUAGAGACUUUAGAGGAGUUAGAUCUAACACAGUGUAUGUCCUUACGAGAUAUUCCGAACAGCAUCUGUAGCAUGAAAUGUUUAAAAAGUUUAAAUCUCUCCUUUUGUACUCAAGUCAAGAAUUUGCCAGGGGAACUCGGAGGUGUAGAAUGUUUGGAAACGUUAAAUAUAGAAGGUUCGGGCAUAGGUCGUCUUCCGCACAGCAUAUUUCAGUUGAAAGAUCUGUGUAUUGUUAUGAUAUUGUAUGGUCUGGCUGCUGCUUGA